AUCGCCACGAUCGCCAAUCACCUGACAGCGCGUGCCAUGUGCGUCCGUGCUUCGCGUUCGUUUGACAAGAAGCACCAACGGUCACAGUCGGAGCGCGUUUCCAUGCUGCUGUAGGUCCCUUCAGUGGUUUCCUGUCAUUGGAGAUGCCGGUAGUAUUUAAGAGCGAAGACGUGCGCUCCUUGCUUAAAGGCAAGCGCAUUGUUUUGAUGGGCUGUUCAAACGUAAGAGCCAUCUAUAAAGACCUGGUUUGCCUCUACCAGCACAACCAGUUCGUCUCAAACGAGAAGUUAAAACUGAAGAUGGAAGAGAGUUCCUUUGGAGACAUCCUCGUUUGUCACGGAAAGAAGUACAAUGGUCGUGGUUACAAAGAGGAGCGUCUGUUCAAGAUGGACAAGACAACCAUCGCGUUCUACUUCCUUACCAGAGUCUACAAUGAUUACGUAAAAGCGAUCCUGGAAGGCAUGGUCGACGAAUUCGUGCCAGACGUAAUCAUCGUCGGAUCUUGCCUCUGGGACAUCACACGCUGGGGGCCUAAUGGUGUCGAAGAAUACAAGACAAACCUGGCCGUGUUGUUCACCGAACUGAAACGAAUACUCCCACCAAAUUCUCUAGUGAUUUGGCUCACGGCGGCACCUCUGGCCCAGGACGUGCGAGGAGGAUUCCUCAUACCACAGCUCGAGUUCCUCAAGUACUCACUGAGAUUUCAUGUCCUUGAGGCAAACUCCUUCUGCAGAGAGACAGCUGACAAGUUUGGAAUCGAUGUUGUGGACGUCCACUACCACUUGCGCAUGCUGUUGGAGCAUCGAGCCGAAGACGGAAUCCACUGGCUGCCCCUGGCUGUGCGGCUCUGUACCAAUCUGGUCCUCACACACAUUGCCUUAUCAUGGGGUUUGAAGCUGCCAGAAGGGAAAGCGAGCUUUCUGGUAGAAACGUGGCCUCUUGCGUGGACUGCAAAUGCGCGAAGUGGCCAAUUCAUCACGGACAAGGAGAGGAAGCUCAUGCUGGCCGAAAAGAAUGGUUUUGACUACGCGACUGACGAGGACAGCAAGGGCGAAUGCAGCAGUUUUCCUGCUGAGCUCUCCUUCAGCACCAUCCUUGGAUGUGACGAGGAAGUCAGGAAUGAGGUAAUCAAGAACGCCAUCGAGGUCCCACCAUCUGAGCGACGGAAAGCACGCAGAGGCAACUGGAGGGCCAGACAGUUCAGUGGGUUGUGUCCCUUUCCUGUCGCGCGACAAAACGAAACAUGGCAAGGUCCAUGGCAGCCUGGUUUCCAGCAUCAAGGACCAGGACCAUGGAACAACCAAGGCCAGCCUGAGCCUGAUAGCUAGAGCAAUGGCUUCUAGCCAAACAAGUUCAGGAAUGUGCUUCGGGAUACCUUGCAGUACGAUGUGCCAACGAAUUUAAAUAUGAAUGUUUAUGAAUAAAUGGUUUAGAAUAAACACGGUUUUGCGCCUA